AUGGGAUUCACAGGCGUUUCAUUUUACGUGGACUGGGGCCUGAUCGAGGCUAAUCCAGGCCACGUCGUGACCGAUGGAAUCUGGAGUCUCGAAGAGUUCUUUCGCGCCGCUACGCAAGCAGGUAUCUAUCUCAUUGCACGCCCGGGUCCAUACAUCAACGCGGAAACCUCUGGGGGAGGAAUCCCGGGAUGGGUUUUGCGAAGCGAGGCAACGAUCCGAUCUUACAGUCCCGGAUAUCUAAACAAAACUGGGAAUUACAUGUCAACAAUUGGCCAUAUAAUUGAAAAGGCUCAAAUCACACAUGGCGGACCAGUGAUAAUGGUACAGCCAGAAAACGAGUUUUCGACUUGGCCUGGAGUCACGGACUUUCCGACUCAAAUGAAUCGAGAGUAUAUGGCCUUCGUGGAGAACCAACUCCUCGAUGCCGGAAUAACAGUUCCCUUGAUUGUAAAUGACAACGAAGUAAAGGGGUACUGGGCUCCUGGAUCAGGGUUGGGGGCAGUGGAUCUUUAUGGAAUCGAUGCAUAUCCACUUCGUUACGAUUGUGCAAAUCCCAGUGUGUGGCCAACUUACGAAUUUCCGCACACUUGGCAGAUAAUUCACCAGGAAGAGAGCCCAAACACCCCAUUUGCGAUUGCCGAGUUUCAGGGCGGAUCAGGAGAGGGAUGGGGUGGAGUCGCCGAGGAAAUGUGUGCCGAGUUGAUCAACGAAGAGGCUAUCCGGGUUGUAUACAAAAACAAUUACAGUUUUGGUGUGAAAAUCUUCAAUAUCUAUAUGACGUAUGGUGGCACCAACUGGGGCAAUCUUGGAUACAUGAACGGCUACACAUCCUACGAUUACGGUGCAGCUUUGACUGAAGAAAGAGCCAUAUGGCGUGAGAAGUACAGCGAGGAAAAGUUGGAAGCCAAUUUCCUCAAAGUGUCUUCAGCCUAUUUGACGGCAACACCUGCCCUUGGAGUCAACGGAUCCUAUGGCGUUCCAGACACAAUCGCGGUAACUCCACUCAAUGGAAAUGGCACGGAAACAAACUUCUAUGUUAUAAGGCACGCCGAUUUCAGCUCUGUCAACAAUACCCAGUAUAAGAUCACAGUCCCGACCAGCGUCGGAAACGUGACUAUUCCUCAACUCGGAGGAAGCCUGUCGCUUAACGGCCGGGAUUCGAAAUUCCAUGUCACAGAUUAUGAUAUGGACGGCAUCAAUUUGGUCUAUUCCUCUGCAGAAAUAUUCACUUGGGCUCGUGGAUUUGGGCCUGCUCGUGUCCUGAUUCUCUACGGUGGUGCAGACGAAAUACAUGAGUUCGCUCUCUCGGGUCAUCUUGAGAAACCUGCCUUGGUCGAAGGAGACGACGUCACAGUCGAUAAAAAGGGGCCUACAUGGAUAGUACAAUGGCAGGUCACACGAAAACGUCGUGUCAUCCGACUAGCUAACCUUGAGAUAUUGCUCCUGUGGCGAAAUGAUGCUUACAACUACUGGGUUCUGGAGUUACCAAGUUCAGCACCGAUCGGGAAUUUCUCGUCCCCAUCCAAGGGUCUAGCUGUGGUGAAGGCUGGCUAUCUCGUUCGCACUGCAGAGCUGGUCGAUGAGCAGCUUAGUAUUUCCGGUGAUGUCAAUGCAACUACGGAGAUUGAAGUUAUCUCAACUCCGGCAAAAAGCUUGGACGGAAUCAUUUUCAAUGGUGAAAUGCUUAAAGUCUCAAAAACCGACAUUGGAAAACUGUCGGGGAAUGUUGCCUUUCAACCUCCCAACAUUCAAAUUCCCAAGCUACAAGGCCUGAACUGGAAGUAUAUUAACUCAUUGCCUGAGAUUCAGGCGUCGUACGACGAUUCAGCCUGGACAACCUGCACCAAAGAUUGGACCCACAAUCCACGAGAGCUGAGUACACCCAUGAAUUUAUAUGCCAUGGAUUAUGGAUAUCACACAGGUUCUCUGAUCUACCGUGGCCAUUUUGUUGCUAAUGGACACGAAUCAAGCCUCUGGUUGAAUGUAUCUGGUGGUACGGGAUUUGGACAUUCUGUUUGGCUGAACAAGACGUUCUUGGGUUCAUGGACCGGGUCUACAUCCGAUCAAACCAUUGUUUACAAUGUAUCGAUUCCAGAGACUCUGUCUGUUGACAAUUCAUACGUUCUGUCAAUAUUGAUCGACAAUAUGGGCCAGGACGAGGAAGCACCAGGAACAGACGUGAUAAAAUUUCCCAAAGGUAUCUUAAAUUAUGGCUUGUCUGGCCAUGAUCAAUCUGAUAUUUCUUGGAAGCUGGCGGGCAAUCUUGGCGGCGAGCAAUAUGAAGAUCUGGUCCGUGGUCCACUCAACGAAGGUGCCAUGUAUGCAGAAAGACAAGGAUACCACUAUCCAAAGCCACCGGAUGCAGAUUGGAAGGCUUCAAAUCCCAUAACGGAUGGCGUUUCUCAAGCUGGAGUCGGAUUUUACACGACAAGAUUUCGACUUAAGAUUCCAAAUGGAUGGGAUGUGCCCAUGAGCUUUAUUUUUAAUGGCUCUUCCGUCGACAAUAUCAACAGUUACGAUACAGGACGCAAUUACCGAUGUCAACUCUAUGUCAACGGCUACCAAUUUGGGAAAUACAUCAAUAAUAUUGGCCCUCAGACAUCCUUCCCUGUUCCUGAAGGGAUUCUAAAUCAUCAGGGGGACAAUUAUAUUGCACUGACUCUCUGGGCUCAAGACAAACAAGGUGCAAGGUUGGGAGGUUUAGAUCUGGUACCGACUUCCAUCAUUCGGUCUAGCUACACACGGCCAGGGCCAGCUCCCCAACCAGCUUGGAAACCACGAAGCAGGGCUUAUUAG